CUUCAACUCAUUACAGGACUGUAACACGUCGCCAUGUAUGUCUCCAUUGGAGCACGAAAGACUGUGAGACGGAAGACGGAACAUGCCAAUGUUCUUUUCCGCUGAGCAGCCUUGAUCUCACCACACCGCCACCGGUCCCACCACAAUUGACUUCUUUUUCUCUCUUCUUUUCGAUACGUGCUACACAGUGUAGUAGCCAGCCAGCGCCACAAGAUCCCCUUGUUGAGGUAUCUGAGGUUACUUCAUUUGAUCCUUGCAGUCUGCCAUACCUGCUCCUUGCUACUGUAUUUACAAAGAUCCAUUGAAUUGAAUUGAAUUGAAUUGAAUUGAAUUGAAUUGAAUUGAAUUGAAUUGAACCAUGUCAACAGCCGCCAAAGCCGAGAAAGACAGUGAGCUGCAGCAGGCAAGACAGUUGCUGGUAGACGUGGGUGUCAUUGAAGAUGAAGUUGCCAAGAUCAAGGCACAUGUGGCUGCUGCUAAGGAAGUCAAGCCUCGAUCUACUCAAGAUGUCUCUUCAGCUAAUGGAGACGACGUGAAAAAGACGAAAGAAGAGGAAAACAUCCGUCUCGAGAAGGAGCAAGGAAAGGCUCUUGAAAAGCCAACGGAUCCUCUUUCUUCCGCCUUGACCAAGCGAAAUGAAGCCAAGGGUACAUUGGUCAAGACCAGAUUGCCCAUGCCACAAAGUGUCACCAAUGCACAGAAUGCGCUUCCUUUGCAAAAGGCCGUUUUGACCGUCGAAAAGAUGGGAGCCAUUCCUGCAGGAGCGGCAGCCUCACGAGGUGCCGGGCAAGCUCCCACCGGUCGUUCGGCGGCGGCAAACGAUUCGAAUCAUCCAACAACUGCCGCUCGUAUUCCCAUGACAAAUCUGACACGAACACCCGUUGGUCGGCAACAACCACCUUCCGAACCCGGUGCCAUUGCCAUUCUAGGGGACGCGGGAUUGGACAAUGAGGACCUGGAGAAUGCGGAACACGCCAUGAACAAUCUCAGUGGCACACGGCCGUAUUCCAGCGGAGCCUUUAACGCCGAUGAUCAUUUGGUGUCGGCUCAUUUGGUACCCGGCGAGGAGGAUGACCCCCAAGAACAAUCGCCCCGACGACAACCCUCGGAAAACGAGGUCUAUGCCGUGGCCACGGUGGCACGAGACAAUAGUCGUCUCUAUGUGGGCGGAGGCAUCGUGGCCGUCGUCGUUGCCCUUAUUGUGGUUCUGGCAACGACACUCUCGGGAAACAACAAGGACAACGCCAACACUAAUAAUGAGGAACGCAGUAAUGGAAUGGAGGCACCGUACAAUGUGACCCAACCUACAACGUACAAUGUGACUGUACAAGUUCCACCCGAACCGUCCUAUGAAGAAUCCCUCCAGUACGGAAACACCAUGAAAGGUCCCGGAAACGACAAUCGAUUCGGUGCACCCCUGGCAAUGAGUGAUGCCGGGGAUAUUCUUGCCGUCGGGGCUCGUGAGAACAGAGAUGUCGCCGUCGACUCGGGAAUGGUGAGAAUCUUUCAAGCGAAAAACAAGACCGAUGACGCCACCAACGAAACCAAAAUUACGUGGGAACAACUGGGCAAUGCUCUUUUUGGGCAAACCCAAGGAGACGAAUUCGCAUAUAGUGGAAUGGCCAUUUCCGGAGAUGGCACGCGAUUGGCCGUGGGAGCACCCUAUUUUGAUGUCGUGACGACGACGACGACAUUUGCCAAUGGUACUACCACUCCUGCCGUCUUGGAGGAUGCCGGGACGGUGCAAGUCUUUCAGCUCGUGGACACUACGUGGUCCAAGAUUGGACAAGCCAUGGAAGGAUUGCAGGCCGGUGACGUUUUUGGUCGCGCCGUGGCCAUGAGUCAAGAUGGAUCCAUUGUCGCGGGAUCGUCCUAUGAAAGUAGCGAAAAUGGAUUUGCUUCGGGGAAUGUCCAAGUCUUUCGGUCGCGAGAAGAAGACGAUAGUACUGUGAUUGGAUGGGAUCCCAUGGGCCAAAUAUUGGUAGGCCGUGCCGAACUGGAUCGACUCGGUCGGGCGCUUGACAUGUCGGCCGAUGGCAUGCGGUUCAUUGCCGGAGCCACGCAGUUCAAGGGUGAGGGACCUGGAUAUGCCCAAGUGUACGGGUUUAACGGCACGCAGUGGAAUCAGAUUGGACAGGAUAUUGUAGGAGAAACGGAACAAAGCGUCUUUGGAAGAGAUGUGGCCAUGAACCAAGAUGGAUCCAUUGUGGCUUGCGGAGCCAACUUGGAUCAGUCCAAUGGUUUGAAAGGCUCAGGAUUGGCUCGCAUGUAUCGUCUCGACACCAGUUCUGAGCAAUGGGUCCAAAUGGGACAGACCAUUCUCGGCGCAGAAGAAGGAGAUGGACUGGGUGUGACGGUAGAUUUGUCAGCGGAUGGUAUGCGUGUUGCGAUUGGAGCGCAGCAAAAGAAGACCAGCGUUGGAUAUGUUCGCGUCCUGGAUUACGACGAAGCAUCCGACAUCUGGAUCGACGCCGGACAAAACAAUCUGACAGGAGCAUUCCACUUGGACAAGUUUGGGUCGGAUGUCCAGCUGUCGACGAACGGACAGUUCCUAGCCGUGGGUGCCAUCGGGGCAGACUCGAAUGGCGAUGAUAGUGGACACGUACAAGUGUUUGAGUUGAGUUGAGUUGACCAACUUUGGAGCUUUUGCCUCGUGUCAACGCGUCUGAAAAUGUGACAGCAAUCUGUAGAUAACCUCCCUACAAUACAACCCCUUAUCAUGUUCUCG